AUGAAAAGAAAGCAGAAUCAGGAGUUAAGACAAAAUAUGGAUAAAUUGGGUAUCAAAAAGAAAAGUCGCUAUCAACCAACACCCUCUUAUAAACUUGAACAAAACUUGAUGUUCCCAAAAAUAUUACCAUUUAUUAACUAUACAGUCGCUUCGGAAAAUAGGAAACUGCUUGAAAACGCAAUAUUAAAAAAGCAUUUUGAAUGUUCUCCAAUAGGACAGCUUAGCGACGAAACAAAAAAGAAAAUUCUUUCUCUUAUUUCGCCAAAUUUAAGAAAUAAAAGCCAUUUGAAAACUUGUCAGGAUUUGAUGUUUCAAGAAGUCGACAAGGAAUACGUGAGCAGCCUCAAAUAUUUUAUUGUCAAGUCUUCGCUAAAAGAAAACUCCGAGACAAAACAAUCGGAUGAAAAUUGGAUCCCCAUUUCGAGACAACUAGAGUUUGGCGGGAAGAAGGAAUGGAAUAAAUCUUUUAAAAAUAGUCUGAAGUAUCUUGAAAAAAACUUGUUUUGUUUCCAUCCGUUAUUGGUGGCUAUUCGGAAUUUCUACUACGACACAUUAUUGACAACUACGUUUCUGGAUAUCGAAAUUGCAAUGAAUGAAAAGCCUUACGAAUAUGAUCUAUUUCACAAAACAGUGGAAUUUGCAUGUGACAAGCGUUGUACAAAUAUCAUGCAAAAUUGGUUCAGUCAGCUCAUCAGAAUGGUCACUGUCGACUACUCAGAAUCGCUCCAAAAAGUGAGGAAUCAGCGAAAAAUUCAUAGCUGCAUCGAUUCCCUUAUGUCAAUUCAAUUCAAGCUAAUCGAGAAUGUUUACGUGAGUAGACAAGAAAUUCUAAACGAGCAAAAGGAGAAGACGUUGCUAAAAUUAAAUCAACUAAGACUACACGUCGAAGAAUUUGCUGAUUUUGGGGAACAGUCGCUAUUACCUCAAUACGUUCAGGACAUCAGACAGACAGCCACCAAGUUGAACGAAGAAAUGAAAAUGAUAGAAUGGAUCAACAAGAUUUUUACUGCCGCAGCGAGAAAGAAAAUUAACGAUUUGGAAGAAAUUGUCAGGCAAAACAAAAGAAGGAAGUCUUCAAUUAUGCAAGAAGAGGAUCAAGAGCAGCUCGAAGAAAUUGAAAAAAUUUAUGAAAUCCCUUCACUCGAAGAAAUAAAAACACCGGCAGCUAAACUAUGUGAAGCCAUCCAAAAUGACAUUUCCGACUUUCAAGUACUUCUUUAA